AUGAUUGUCGAACCCGAAGUCCAAACACAAUUUGAACGAAAUCUUUUAUGGAAACGUUCAUGGCCAAGAUGUUUUCUAGCGUGUAUUGCUACAGUAGAAAUUAUACUUGCAGUGGCUAUUGCUGUAACGGAAAUUUUUAAUAUUCUCGUAGAUUUUUGGCAUACAAAUAUCUUUGGUGGUAUUUGGACAUCGAUUAUACUUUUAGUUAAUUGGAUUUUAAUCUUUGUUCAUGUAUGUUGUAAAACUACAGUUAGUGUAUCAACAUGUUCAUUUGUUUGGCAUUGGAUAACAUUAAUAGCUCUUGGUAUAUUAAUUGCAUUUGAUAUUGUAUUUAUUCUUAAUCCAUAUACAUGUCUUUUAACAUCAACAUGUUCAACACAAUCACAAUUAACAUCAUUAAAUUAUAUUAUACAAAAGAUUCCACAAUUUUCAAAUUAUACAAUUUAUGAUUCAAAAAAAUUUUUACUUUUAAUUCAAGUUGGUUGUGCUGGUCUAGCUUUUAUUUUAACUAUUAUUUAUAUUGUUAUUUUUAUUGUAUGUAGAAUAAAAUUUCAUAAACAUAUUACUACAGUUUAUCCAACAAUGGAUAUUCAUACUCCGAAACAUGGUUUACGUGUUGCUCAAGCACCACCAAUGCCAUAUGGAAAUCGAUCAUAUUUUGUUAGUCAUCCACCUAAUUGA